GCCGCCUUGUAAACAAGAGGCUUUCGUCGACAGGUGUGAGGUGGAUUUCCGCUUUGUUUUGAGCUGUUUCUAUCGACAUUUUCCACUCCAUGACACACUUUCUGUAGUUAAGGAGAGGAUAUUUAACAGUAAAAAUGGCAGGAAGUAAUGCGAGCGUUGGUAGUAAACACAGGUUGGUUGGAUUUAAUGUCUGUCUGUUACAAUCGAAGGAGGUGUUAGUUGAUCGAAUUUGUGAAGGAGCGCAGUUUCAGUUUUAGGAAAUUGCUGUAGGCUACAUACCUUGCUACAUAUUUUUAUAUUGGGUGGUUAAAACUGAAACACUCAUGCGGCCGAGGAAAGUAUGUAAAGAGUUAUAUUUACUCCCCUGGUGCAAGUCCACUCUUCUAACCUUCUAUCCACAAAAUGGACGGGCAAAUAUAUGGAUGAGUACAACUGUCAUGGUUAAUAAUUUCUGUUGCUGGUUGAUGUAUGUUUGCUACUCUCAAGCUGCGCAAUUAUUCAAGCAGUAGACCACACUUUCUAUGGGUUUACCGGCGUGAUAGGGAUGUUGGGAGAACACGAGAAAAGCUUGUAAAUCACGAGCCGAAGGCGAGUGAUUUACAAGCAUUUCACGCCAGUAAACCCAUAGAAAGUGUGGUCUAUUGCUUUUAUAAAAUAACUUUAAAGUGUGUUUCAGUUUUCUAUGAGUUUACCGGCACAAUAAACCAUAGGUUUUUAACCAAUCAGGACGCACGUACUACCUUAGUUAUUGUAUAAAGAUCAAUAAUAAAUAGAACAUUAUGGAUUUGAGCUAAUGGGAGCAGAUCACUUCCCCAAAACAAGGAAGUGUGCUGAAAUAUUCCAAUUAUUUCAGUAUUUUUUCUUUAUAAAUCCCUUUAACUGUUAAUCUUUAUAUGUCACAGAGUGAACAGCAUCAUUUUUGUGGUUUUCUAUUACCCUUGCCAUAAAAACUAUUUGAAAAGGGAGCUGUCAUUAUUUUAUGCGUGGAAUCAGGUACCAUAGUAUUUACCCUGUCGCAGAUGAAUUGCACUGUAUAUAAUAUUACACUUCGAUAGUACCUAGUACACAGGGUCCCAUUCUCUUAUUAAGUGUGGCUUAGUUUGAUUAUUUUCUUGCUUCUAAAAUUUCUUGCAGUUCUGGGGCGGUGGAUGAAAAGGUCCUAGCGGAUGCUAUCAGGAUGACGAAUAUUGCUGUCAAUCUCUGCCUGUCAAACAAGUUCCUUCAAGCACAAGCAAAACUUGAGCCUUGGUAAUGCAGUCAUUCUUUUUAAACUUGCCUUGUGUUUUCAUUUUCUUCUCCAAAUAUCUUAAAAUAAUUUUGAGUGUACAUUAUAGCCUGAUAAUUUGGCAGUUUUUGUGGGUAAACAAAUUAAAAUCCUUCUUGCAUUGGCUUUUUAAUUUCAGGGCCAAUGAAAGCAUGUACCAUGCUCUCGGAUACAGUACAAUCAUGUACCUACAAGCCAUGAUGACAUUUGAACCGGUGUGUAAAGAUUAGGCUUAUUGUGUGCCACAUGUAAAUAUUUACAUUAUUAUCACCAAGUCUAAGAAAGAGAAUAGUCAUUCAGGAAGAGAAGUGUGUAACGAUACUUGCUAAAAUAAUGCCCAAAUACAUGAUUAUAUUAAGGUGGCUGAACACAGUUUUGCGCGCGGUCAGCGGUAACUCGCAUGGCGGCGCGUGUUUUAAAUUAGCCGAGCAAACAUGGCGGCGAAAAAAGCAGUGGUACAGAGAAGACGAUUUCUCAAAAUGUACUCAUUAAAAUGUUGUGAUUUUUGGCAGAAUUUUUCCUUUUAUCGUAUUUUAAAUAAUGAGAACUUUAAAAUGGAAUUUGAACAGAUGAAUUUUGUGACACGUUUAAUAAUUACAGUACAAUUGUAUUAUUGAUUAUCUAAAAACUUCUCUGUUAAAUUUGGUCAAAUAAGUUUCAAAUGGUAAUGAUUAAUAAUAGUAUUAAGCUGUGUGUAAGUUUAUAGGAAAAUUUAAUGAGCGAACUUUAUGUAAACUGAGCAAAAGUGAAAUUUUAAGGCUGUAUUCAAUCGUUCAUGUUGCCAUGGAAAUUAUGAAAACGUCACAUUUUACCUGUCAAUCAAAACCUUUCAUCAAUGUACUUUUCACUUGCCAAGUUUCAGCUUGUGAGCUGCAACCUUUCUCUUGCCAUGAUUUGGCAAAUAAUAUAUACUCACAAACUGGCAAAACUGUGUUCAGCCACCUUAAUUUGAGUUGAAUUGUGUCUACGUACCACAGUGCUCAUAACCUUUCUAAAUUUAAAUCAUUGCAGUUAAUAUUAUUGCUUAAAAUUUUGAUCAUGUAUAUGUAGCAAGCAAUUCAGCAAGCAAGUGAAAGCAACAAGAUUGCUCUGGAUAUUUGUGAAAGGUAUGAACUUCUAACUGAUUUGAGUUAAUUAGGUAUAUUUUAAAAUUAACAUUGGCCUUAGUUUUAGCACAUACUGAAUGCCCUAUACAAAGUUAUCAUCUUUCAUUAUGAAAAAUUAUCAAAAUACAAGGUAAUUUUUUAUGCACUGAGUGUGGGCUGCCUGUGGUUUUAGCUGGAACCAAUCACUUGUGGAAAAGGAAGUAUUCAGUCCCAUGUAUUUAAUCAUUAUAUAGCAAAAUGAAUUUUCUAAAAGAGUGUUUCUAGUCGAUCAUUAUACAUGUAACCAUUAUACUCAUAUUUCUUUAAAAAUAAAUCUUUUUAGGCAUAAAAGAAGACAAACAUGGUCAGAGUCACUAACAAGCUGGAUUUGGAAUCCCUCUUAUGACAACUUGACAGAAGGUACAUGUAUUUUAUUUCUUUAUUUCAUUUAAUUUUAAUGUUUUAUAAUUUUUAAAUUUUAUACUCGUAUCCCAUUAGCCUUGUCCAUUGUCAUAAACUUAAGGAACAUAUGUCUUAAUAUUUUCCGCUGAAUUCUUGCAAUUUCAGUGGAACGUCAUGCAGAGCUUUGUUAUGCAGAGUGUUUGUUCAUGAGGGCAAUGCUUACUUUUAUUCAGGUACAGUUAAAGUGUUUUUCUUCACUAAUACUAACAGACAUUACUAACAGACAUUAUUAUUGAUUGUAGAAUUCAAUAUUUUGUUGUAUGUGAUGCUAAAUUAUGGAAUACUGUUUCUUAGGAUGAAAAUCUGGUCAGUUUCAUCAGAGGAGCUCUCAAAAUCAGAAGUGCAUAUCAGUCCUAUAAGUAAGUCACAAGCUCAGGUCAGAUACCCUUACUCUGUUUUAAAUACAAUUAUAUUUUUGUGCAUAUUGCAGACUUAAAUGUUUUUGUUGGUAAUUAUAUAGAGGAUAUUACAUGGCCAUGCGGAGCCACAAAAUUUCUCUUCGAAUAUUGACUUAUUUUUCCAAUUUGAGAAGAGAAAUUUUGUAUCUCCAAGCGGCCAUGUAAUGUUCUAUUUAUUAUGUAAACAUCAAUGAAAUACCACACCAUUUCACUUUAAUAGUUUUUUCCUGUGAAAGGCACAAUUUAUCAUGCAGCGAUAGCAAUGGGGAUCUUUUCACGUGUGAAGAUGACAUGUUAUUUUCACAUGUGAGGAUAUCAUGUUUUUGCACAAAAGCUCACCUGGCAUUUCAUUGGUGUUUAUAUAGUAAAAUAUCAUAUUCACUACCCUGGAAGAAUGCGAUGUUACUGCCAGUUAACACACAUUGAGUACAUCUGUGGUGGAAAGUUAGCAUAUUUAAAAAAUUUCCUUGCUCCACAAACUGACACUUCACUCUAUGUCAAAACUUGAUCUAUGUAGGACCUGCCUUGAUAUGGUAAAACAUCAGCCAUCCUCCUUAAUACAGUCACCUCAGAGAAAGGAUUUUGAGGGAGGAGUUCACCUGGGUAUAGGAGGGUUCAAUUUGGUGAGGCUUGAAUCCAUUAAUCAAUCAAUCAGUGCCAUUUGAUAUCCAUGUGCCAUGAUAUUAGAACUCUUGGAAACUAUUAAGUAACUCUUGAUCUUACUUUCUAUCUUUUGAGAUGUUGUCAUUACUUCCAGCCAAGAUUAUCAAACUGCUGGAGUGGGUUGGUUUCUCUGGAGACAAGGUAUUGUAAACAGUGUAAACUAAUAAAAUAUAGUAGUUACAUAAUGUCUGAUCUCAGUUACAUUACUUCUGAGAUGUUUCAGGUGUUAAAGGGAGGAGUUUCUUAGGUAAAAGAGGCAAGAGGUUAUUAGUUCUGUGAAGGCAUCUGCAACAAUUCAAUUCACAGGUGGUCAGGUAUAACAGCCACUCUAACAGAGAGGGUGACCACUGCCCAACUUUGCUGUGCUUUACUGCUAUUAUUUAUUAGCUCCUUUCAUUAUUUGACCAGUUUGUGGGUCUGGAUCAUUUGGACCAGGGUUGCCGUGAUCAGAAUCUCAGAUCACCCAUGUGUGCCAUGGUUCUGUUGGCGUACCACAGUGUGAUCACUUAUUACCUUGGUAAGCAUGCAAUUAUUAGUAACAGUUAACAGCUGGCCUGUGUGCACGCUCUCCCUUUCAAUUGGCAAGUGAAGUAGGCCCCCGAUUUGCUCGUAGUUAUUUAACUGUUGCCUAAGUAUAUGAUGGAUUUCAUUGAUGAAGAUAAUGUUGUAAACUCUUGAUUAUUUUGAAAAAAUUGUCCUGAGCAGCAGACUCAAAGGAUCUUUUCAUACAUAUCCCUUGGAGCCUGGGCUAGACCGGAGAUAAUGACAAUGAGGAACUGAACAUGCUGCUAUCUCAUUGGAGUAACGAUUUGAAGUAAAAAUGGUUUGAAUUAAAUCAUGGAUGGGGCUUUGAUGGGAUUUUACGGUGUAGAAUUUAAUAGACUAAACUUAGUGACCCUUAACAUUGCCAUUCAGAUUCUUGAUCAUUUGCUCACCAACUCAUCUUACACCUCCAUUUGAUUUUGUAUUUUUCAGGAAAUGGGGAAGGAGAUGUGACAUAUGCUGAGCAAAUUCUUCAACCUCAGUUGAAAGCAUUUCCAAAGGUAUUUUAUAGCAGGAACUUAUCUUAUCUAUAAUGACGUUGUAUCAGCCAACAUUAUUUCGUUUUUGAUGCCGUUUGCCUUUUUUCCUCACCUCUUUUGUACUAUUGAUUUUUUGCCAGUUCUAUAUCAUAAACAGUAGUACGGGAUAGUUUAUUUUUGGGGCGCCUUAGCGAUGCCAGUUGAAGUCUUUGUGGCUGUUUAUUUUGUUUUGCUUGUGUUAGGGAGCGAUAUUUUUGUACUACUCUGGGAGAAUAAAGCAAGUUCAAGGCAAGUUAGAUGAAGUAAGUUGGAACACACGACUCUCUUCUUAUGUAUGUACCGGUAGUUCCAAUAUGAGACCUGAGAAUACGCAGUUUUGAAGUACUAUAAUUGCUGACGAAAAUUCCCAUCUAAGCCCUCACCACUACAGAUCCACACAUUGCCUUCCCCAGGGUGUGGUCUUAAUUGUGAAGUUCUGGCAGUGUAUUUACUCUCCUUCUGUGGUUUUUUCGGUCAAAUCACUUUACUGCUGUGUACACCAAACUGACUGUACUAUUUUUGGUACCAGGCCAUCACAAGUUAUAACGCCUCAAUUGCAGUUCAAUCAGAGUGGAAGCAGUUCCAUCAUAUUUGCUACUGGGAGAUGAUCUGGUGCUAUGCGUAAGUUUAUAGCUGUCACACGUUUCCGAGCAUUAAAGAGGUAAAAAAAGCCACCUUUACGGCAAAUGUCAAAUCGUACCACUUGACCAAGUUGUCCCUUUGGUUGUUGUGUACUGUUGUUUAUAUCUCUACAAAAAUCAAUUCAUCAUGUCAGGUUGACGCAUGAAAGUUGUUUCCGACAGUUAGAACUUAUCUGCCCAUUUUCCUGUUUUGAGAAAUUGUCAACACUAACCUGGCGAUUAUCGUUUGCCGUAAACUUGAUUAUAAAUCUCUAUUUUGUUUGUACACGUUUUAAAGAGGGAUCUUGAGACUGAAUCUCGGAAGGUUGGAGUGGAAUGGCACCAUGUGGGAUGAUGUCAUUGUUCAGCUAUUGGCGGACAACGGAAGAAGGGAAGUGGAGGUAGAAACACAGCGAAUGAGAAUCUCCCCGAUCUUUCACUUCCAUCCUCUUCUCGUGGGCAGUCACAUUAUCUUCGCUUUUCUGGUCAAGUUAAGCAGGCUGAUUGGAAAAUCACUUACCGUCCCUUUAGCUAUGUAAUGCAGUUUUAAUUCACUGCCUUUUUUGGUGAUGUUAAGCUUCACUUUUUGCGUUGUCAGAUACAAGGGGGACUGGACCAAAGCUUACCAUUACGCAGCUGUCCUUUUAGCAGAAAGCCGCUGGUCAAAGGUGAAAACAUUCGACAUAUACCAUGCGCGUGCACAUAGCUUUUUACUGCUUGAUCCAGUGUCUCGAGAGACCUUAACAUCAGUUCCUUUUUCACUCUACAGACGACUUACAUGUAUCUGAAGGCAUCAUUCAGAGUUACGGCGCGACUGACAAACCAACAGAUAGCAAAGGAGGAUGAUCAAGGAGAGAAAGACACAGAGGAAUACAUGUUCAGGUUCAGUACUACCUCAGACCGACCAACACUUGGCUGUUGAGUCUUUUCAGACACAACUCAGUUGUAACGUUUGUACCUUUCUAGCCUAGGAGAUGUAGUUUAAGGAUUUGCUCUCUCUCAACACUCGUUUAUUAAGAGGUUGUGUAAUAAACAAGUCAUAUAGAAAAGCUGCCCCCUUUAAAACGUUUACGUAGAGUUGCCGUCCCUUUGCCGAAAAAGUAAUUUUUACAGUUCUAGUCCAUAAGGCGAGUGGAAGUCAAACGACUUCCCACGUCGCCUCCUCCCAAAACGUUUUUCAGCCGUUUCUUUGGAAUUCAUACAAGAACAAAAUCUGUUCAACAUACGUGUUACAUGUUGAACUUAUUCCAGUGUAGUACGGUAUCUUUGUAUCUGAGUGAAUGUUGAUGUCGCUGAUCCCACUUUUGUAACACAGAUACAGACAUCCGUACCUUGUCUGACUUACCAAUGGUAAGGUAAAGCCGAUCACGCCCCGGUUGUUCAAACGUUGGAUAACGCAGUAUCCACCGGAUAAAUCACUAUCCAGCGGAUAAGUAUUAGGGAGACUAAUUGCACUGGAUAGAGAUUUGUCCGGCGGAAAGCUCUAUCUAGCCUUUGAACAACCGAGACCAGCAAUAAAGAAAACUGCUGUAUGCGGGGUGUAAUAACUUGUGCGCAACUUUAUGCUUUUGUUUAAUUUCUUUUAAGGCGUCUUCCUGUAUACAAACAACGCAUCGCUGGGAAAUCCAUUCCUUUUGAAAAGUUCUCUAUACAUAAAGCCAACAAGUAUCUUGAACAAAGUAACCGACUUUUUCUUCCGGGCCUGGUAAAUAUUCGUUACAUUGUUUGUGCUAUAAUUUAACAGUUGCUGCAAAAAUGACUCCUACAAGGUAUUCUCGCUAAUUUUGUGUCGUCUCGUACUCUCAGUUUCAGAUUUUAUUUUCCUUUUGUUAUAGGAGCUCAUUUUACUCUGGAAUGGAUUUAAUGUCCUUCAUCGCAGGCCAGAUUUAGUUGAACCAAUGUUGGACCUGGUACAGAAGUCUUUAGCAGAACUGGAACGAACUAAAGGUAAAAAGAUAAUUAGCCAGCGUGACAGCCAGUGUGACCGGCGUGUGAAGGAGAAUGGAAGGAAGGAAGUGAACUGUUAAUUGGAGGAAACAGUGAAAGUAUUUAUGUUUGGUAGUGUUAUCAACACUUGUUUCAGUUUUAUGAUCAAACUAAGGUUUGUUGCUGGCUGGAGGGAGAUAGUGACUGUUCUCAGUUUAUAUUCGUCAUAUGUCGUGUUGACCUCGGGACAAUUUCACUGCUAGGGUCGGUUGGUUUUUAUUGCGUUAUUAUUGUUGUUGUUGUUAUCGUCGUCCUCAUCACUACUAUUAUUGUUUUAAUUGAUUUCCAUGUGUCAACACUUCAACGAAUUUUGAGUAGGAGAAAACUAAGUUAAAACUUAGUUUUGUCAAUCUCUGUUUUUCCCGUUUCAGAAAAGAACGCAAAUUACGUGGACGACUGGUGUUUAGGACACUUGCUUGAGGGAAUGUGUUAUCGCUGCAUGAACAAACCAGCUGAAUCACUUGAAAGCCUGCUAAAAGCUGUUAAUCGGUCAGUUGUUAUUUACAAUAUUCUUUUUUCACCUUUUAAGUUAAAUUUCAUGAAUUAAUUAAUGAAUCUCGUAAGGGACAAAAGCCUUGGUAAUUUGCCUUUUCAACUAGUUCACUGCACAGCUGUAGUGAAAUGCAAACUAAUAAGGCUGAGUCUUGGUGUGAUGAUUUUUCUCUACAUGUGAUAUUUUAAGCUUGAAGUGUGACUGUAUUCGGACAAACUUACUUUCCAAUUUUAUGCUGUGGUGGCGGUGUUUUGGGUGCGGUUGUUUAAUGAAAUUUCAGGCGUUCUUAAAUGACGUACUUGCUUGUCUUUCAGAUCAAAGGACAUAGUUCAGGAUCUCUAUUUAGCCCCUUAUGCGUGCGCAGAAGUUGGUUUUCUUCAGUUAGAGGAGGGAGAUCUGGACCAAGCUAAAGAAUACCUGCACAGAGCAAGGUAUAACUGAGAAAACCACGUCUUAAAAGACGCCAGCGCGUGACAAAUGAGUUGAGAAUGUAUAUGAGUAGCAGGGUUUUUUUUGUAUGGAAUGAAACCAGUGAUAACAGGUUGUAUAAUUCAGAGAACUAAGGCGCAAUCGCCAUGUUACCCGGCUUCGUAGGAGUGUGCGACUUACAUGCAUAAAUCAUAAAUCGUAAAUGUAUUCCUUGGUAAAGCUGCAAGAGAAUAGUACUGAGCAACCCCCUCCUAAUGGCUGUUUCUUUUGUUUGUCGCACAGGAAAGAUUACGACAAUCACAUGCUUCAAAGCAGACUUCAUUUUAGGAUCCACUCCGCACUUCAGGAAAUCAAACACACACGGAAGCUAGUUAAAGAAGCCUCUAAAAGGGACAAGCAACUUCUUAAACGCUCUAAAAAGAAUUCAAAUAACAAUACGUCAUCUUCGUUUGAAGACUCGUCCACUCUCUCUCGCCAGGACUCCAGCUCGUCAUUUGAAACCGCCCCUGAAUACUCUUCUUCUGACGAUGAAAGGGAUUUGAGAGACUCAACCACAGAGAACGAGUGCGCCCUGGAAAAGAAAUUAACAGAAUUGACAUUGCCAAAUAAGGCGUUAAGUCCAACAAAUGUGUUAAGGGAAACAGCUGUUUAAAAACAAGUGUCCAAGUUAGAUGCGGUAAUUUUAAAUUAUUUUAUUCAUAUUUUAUUGACUUGCGUGUACAUACAUCCCCAUGAACUAAAUUUAUUUGUAACAGGGAAAAUCCUCAGUUGAAUGUUUAUUAUUUAAAACUGCGGUCGGUUUAUCGUCUUCUCAGACAUGGAUUUUUUGACUGACAAAUACAAAACUUCUUUGUGGGCGUUGAGGCCCAUGAAGAAGGCCAGGGGGCAAAGUCCCAACAAUGAUCUGUUGCUGACUUUACCGACUCACUUUUUUAUUUAACUUUGUAACAUCUGCAGAUUUGUGAAUUACCCACUUUCUCCCUGAUGGACAUUUUUGUUUCUCUGAUUUUCUGAGAUGCCAAAUAAGAAGAAGGGGAGGGCAAAGCAGCUUUUAUUUCGCUUAAAAUGAAAUUAUUUUAAUGUGAUGACAAAAAACAGCCUGUUAAAAUUUUGUAAUAACUCGUAUUAAAGUUACGUUAUGAACAAAUAAAAUACAACUUUGGUGUUUUCUAGUGAUAUAGUUUAUAUUACUUGUACGUUAGAAAGAUAAAACUGAAGAUUUUUGAACUAAUGUACCUUUGCUGUUGUGUAUUUGUACACUUAAGGUUUGAAGGGAGUAUGAAGUCAGUAAAUAACAGAUAAAGACCAAACAGUCGGCUAAGGUGCACUAACCCCAUCAGCGUUCGAAUAACUGUUUUGUUCAGUAUACCCUGUUUUGCCGUCAGCUUUUUACUACCACUCAAAAAUGUAUGAACAAUUCUUAAAGAAAAAACGCAAGAAAUUAAUGUUUAAUGAGUGUCUUUAUAUCUGAUAAAGACAGGGCUCAACAUAACGUCCAAUUUUUUAGACCAAAAUAACCCCAAAUCUAAAUAUCAGUGCAGGAAUUAGUUGAUAUAUAUCAGAGAUUUUGAAGCAUUUAAAAAAAAAACACGCAGUCGUGUAUUAUCAGGUUUUCUCGGCUUCGCCUCGAGUUUUAAAACCUGAUAAUACACCCCUACUCGUUUUUUAAACAGUACAUUUAUCGGCCUUUUCAAUCAGAAAGAUUGGUGACUUCUAGCCCAUAGGAAGGCCUGAUACUCAGGCUAGGUGACUUCUUUUCGUUACCAGUCCGAACCUUCACGUUGUUAUCGUGAUCAUCAAUGUUUCGCAAAUGUAUUUCUAGGUCUCUUCUUUUUCGUUCUACUGUUGACGAUUUCUUUUUCAACUGCUGCAAGCGUUGCUUAGAAGCCUUUAUUUCUUUCCUGCUUGGCCUUCUUUUGGCGAUGGUUUCGCCCAAAUUUUCGGGCAAGCCAUCUCCAAAUGUGGUACCUUUUUGGAACAUUCAGACCCCUCUAGGGGAUGGAUGGGGAGUUGCUUUGUUUCAAGAAGUACUGGGACGAGUAAACAACGAUGGCCACUUUGGCGAGCAGAAAACAUGGACGGCAAGAUGUAGGUCUUCAAGAGAAGAAUAAGAAGGUGGAAUAUCAGCUGAACUUGGACGUAAAUGCGUACUAAAAUGGACGGAAAUGCAGUGGAACAACAGAGGUGAUCAAAAACGUUGUUUUUUUUCGCAAUUAACCGUGAGUUGUAUGUUUUUCUGGACGCAGAUCAUCCGGCACUCGUAUAAUUUGUGGCGCUCUUUGGCAAUUUUAGAAUUUACUUGCAAACCAAAGCUUUAGAAUGUAGAAUUUGCUUUUAGAAACUUAUAACAGUAAUUUCAAUAGUUCAAUGUUAUAUGACAGUUUGCUAUGAUUUUCACACAGAGCUGAGUGCGUCUCACGAUUGAGCAAUAAGUAAUUCGGUCUCUAACAGUUGAACUUUGCGCAAGUAUGGCAAAAUUUCGAAUUCCUGCCAGAGAGGUUUUUGUGUUACAGUGACCUGCAUAAUGAUAGAUAUGUAGUUGGUCAUCCCUUCUCGAUCUCCUGCGCUAUAAUAACAAAUCUAAAGAAUUUAUAUAAAUAUCCAUACGUGGGUUUGUUGUAAUGGCGCAAUAACUAAACCAUAUAAAGGGUUUACAAUCAAGAUCGUGAAUUUUCAGGAACUUACCAGUAAAAUCUUGAAUUUUCAAGGUCCUUUUGGUCUCCGUCAUGGCUGCUUUUAGUUUGUGGGGAGGAGGGUUGCAUGACGACACUAAAAACGGCUGCAAGGGAGACUUAAGGUCCUGUUGCAAAAUCUGGACAUUUUUAAGCUUAUCACCAUAGUAAUACUCCUCUCUACAUUUGUUUAUGAAUGCCAGUUUCCAGUUCUUGGUAUAUGUGAAACAAGAACAGUUCAAAAUGCUUUGGCAGGACUUUACAAAGAAACUUAGUAGUUACUUAUGGUGUUUUCCUCUGGUUGCAUGAUCUAAGAUCACUUGGAUCAUGGUAUGUCAAAGGUAUUGAUGAAUCCUUGUCCGGAGAUAGGAUUUUGCAGUUUCCUUUGAUACAAUAUAAAUAUAUGGUCCAGGAGAUCUUAGAUCAUUAAAAUCCUGAUCCAGAUCAAUCUGAAGAAAUGCAGUCAUUUCCAUGAAAAAAUUUGCAUUCUACAGCGAUCAGGGUGAAAAUUCUCUGAACAUAUCAGAAGCUAUGGAGAUGAUAUACAGAGCUGCAGAGCUCUGCUUCUCAAAUAAGUUCAUUGAAGCAAGGGAUCAACUGGAGCCAUGGUGAGAAGCAGUAGUUAAUGUGGUACAGUUGAACCUUGCAUGUCCACAACAGCCACCCUGGGGAUCAUAGGAAAAAGUGGCGGUUGUAUUUAGGUGGCUGCUGUCUGUAAAGAAGUUUAAACAAGAGUCAAUGUAUGGACUGUAGUCCACCAAAAAACUGGCCAUUGUAGAGAGGUGGACUUGGUGGAGAAGUGGCAGUUAGUUGAGGUUUGACUGUACUAUAAUCAUAUGAUCUAUAGUCCUAUACAGCUAACACAUUUUUUAUGCAGGCAUUAACCCUGGGGAUGCUCAUUUCAAAUUUAAUGGGGAAAAAGUUUCUCACUCAGAGUUAUAAUAAUUAUAUUGUAUAUAAAUGGGCGCCUACAUUUUACCCGUAGUUAAUACUAUUUAAGGGAACCCUAAUUUAAAGAAUCACAGUGAUACUAUAAGGCAAUACCUUUGUUAUUGGACUAAGUACCUUAAUGAUCAUACAUAGGCUAUAAUUAUUAUCCAGACUUUUCCCCUCAGAGCAACAAUCUUCAUCAUCAUCAUCAUCAUCAUCAUCGUCGUCAUUAACUAUUUUUACCAUGGAUGGUCAUGCAGUCCCCUUGUUGUUAGUCUGGAGCAACAAUGAACUAAUCAAAUAUUACAGUAAGGGAAAGUUCAUUUAAUAUGACAAGGGGGGGGGGGAUGAAGAUAUUGAGGGGGGGCUCCAAAAAUUUUUAGACACCCGAAGGGGGGGCUCUGAAAAAAUUGUUUUAGCUAGGAGGGGGCUCCGAAAAUUUGUAUACUUCAAAACCAACACAUGACAUCAUCAUACAGAUCGGAUGGUUUUCAACUCAACAAUUUAAUGACCUGUGCAACUCAGCUAUAUCACGUGGUUUACAGAUAUAACAAAUGUAGUCUCAGUAAUUAUUACACUCUUGUUCAUCCCAAAAAUGCUUUGGAAAAUUGUAUCACAACUGUAUCUCAAGUUUGUCAUAGUAUAAACCAUUGAAGACAAUAACGUUAAAUAUAUUUAAUACAGUCUAGCGAUCUUUUUUCAGGGGAGCAAAGGAAUUGAAGGAGGAGGGGGGGGGGCUCUGAAAUUUUUUCGACUACCAAGGAGGGGGCUCCUAAAAAAUUGACCCGCUAGCGAGGGGGGCUGCUAAAAUUUCAAGCUUCGAGUUUCAAUAUCUUCAUCUCCCCCCCCUUGUCAUAUUAAAUGAACUUUCCCUAAAAGAAAAAAAGUUGUGAUAAUUGUGGUUGCUUAAUCAGGGACUGAGGAGAAUAGUCUUGCCUGCAAUUUAUAGGGACAGUUCCUUGAAAGGGGAGCUAGCUCAUAGCCAUUAACCUCUCAUUUAGUUUGUUAAGUGUCAGGUACCCAUAUUUACAAAGCCUGAUGUUAUUAUUUAAUUUUUCAGGGUUAAUCAAAGCAUUUACCAUUCAGUUGCAUACAGCUGCAUCAUGUGCGUUCAAGCUCUGCUGAAAUUUGAACAAGUAUGGCACCUCUUUUUGAGUCUUUUAAGUGUACUGAUUUGAUUUAUUUGCAGUUAAUUUUUUAAUUGGUUUUAAAGGUUAUUCUUUUUGUUCCUUUCAGGAAGCCAUUAAUAAGGCGCAUCUUAGCAUAAAGCUUGCCAUGAACGUUUGUGAAAGGUAUGUAGAAAUGAAGAUAUUAGAUCUCCAUCCUAAAAUUGACUGCACUAACCAUUCAUUUUAUGAUCUGUUAUUUUUAAUAGUUACCCCUCUGACUGUCCUUUGCUUGAUGAAUUGUUAUGGUAAUUAAAUAACUGGUAGGCUCCAAGCUUGAAUACAUCUGUAACUUUGUUACAUUACUUCUUUAGACACCGGAAAAGGCCAAGUUGGUCUGAAACAUUUUCAAGUUGGAUUUGGACUUCAUCAUCAGAUGAUUUCACGGAAGGUUGCUAUAGUGAUUCUUUCAUGAUUUUUCUACACUUACUGAUAUAUAAUAACGUUAGCAACUUUGCAAGGAAACACGAAGUAACUACUUAAUAAUAUUAGUUGUUUUCUUAUUGGACUUUCAGAAGAAAAACAUGCAGAGUUGUGUUAUACAGAAUGUUUGUUACUUGAUGCUCUACUAACUUUUAUUCAGGUUAGUCAUGACUACAACAGCUUUUAUUGUUAUUCUGCUAUUUUUAAAAGCUUGAUAUUAUUAAUUUAUUAGUGGCUGUACUGAUUCUUAGUUUGAUUAAUGUUUUAUGAAUAUUUUCAUAGGAUGACAAUAUUAUCAGUUUUGUUUGGGGAGCUUUCAAAAUCAGGAACUGCUAUCAGAAUUACAAGUAAUGGUUGAGCAUUUAUAAUUUACUCCCGGCAUAUUCUAUCAUAUUUUGUUAGUAAGUCAUCAGUUGAUGCUGUUAUAUUUUAAUAUUAACUGGCAUUGAAAUAAUUAAGAAGUUUGUUUUUUCACUGUUUGUUGCACAGGACUUGCCUUGAAAUGGUAACAAAUACAGGUUGUUCAACAUUUCAGUCGUCACUUGUUAAAGAUUUUGAGAAUGGAAUUCACUUGGGAAUCGGGGGAUUUAAUUUGGUGAGUAGUGCUUCAUGGCAGAUUUUGUGUUAUUUCUUAAAUUCAAUUUGCACAAAACUCUGUUCUUCCUGUCACUGGUGGCUAUAACUAUAAUGUUAAUGGGACAUUAACAACUUGCAUCUUUCAAUGUGAAACAUGAUGCACAGAGGGCUCCCUCAGGGAGUUCUGUAUUAAUUAGUUUUCCUUUUGGUGUUCAAGGUCUCUCAGUCAUCAUGCAAAGUUUAAUUUUAAGGUUAACAUUUUGGAAACCAUUUGACUAGAGAUAAAUGGCAAAAAACAAUUGGUCCAAUGAAUCCCCUGAUUUAUUUCAAUACAUGUUGUAUCACUAACUGUUUUUUAGAAGUAAGUUUGUUUAUCCUCUCUUUUUCAUUUCAGGUUUUAUCUCUCCUUCCUCCAAUCAUCAUUAAAUUGUUAGAGUGGGUUGGAUUUUCAGGAGACAGGGUACAUUUUUUAAAUUUUGUUAUGCUCCCCGCGAAACGAUGAUUCGUGUUCCUUGAACAUGUCAUCACUAACCACACCAAAAGAUAUUUGUAACUCAAAUUUUGCCUGGCUUGUCCAGUUCUGCUUGGUUCUUUUGAUUUUCUCCUUUGGUAAUAAUUUAUUUAAAACUGUGCUCAAAGAAUUCUGUUUUGUUUUCAUGUAACCAGUUUCUAGGGUUAAAGCAUUUACACAAGGGCAGCAAAGGUCAAAGUUUAAGAUCACCAUUGUGUUCUUUGCUUCUUCUUGCCUAUCACACAUGGAUCUCUCAGUAUCUCGGUGAGUAGCAAUAAUCUUACAAAACAAGACUUCAUAGUUUAUAAUCUUUGAAGUGGAGUCUUGUUAAUUCCACCACCCCCACGGAUAUUUACGUCCCGAGGAAGAGAAACAACUGAAAGCAAGUUAGUGUGGCUGGCAGUAGGCAUUAAUAAUGUUGUGUUCUUGUCUGUUCUUCUAGGUAAUGGUGAUGGGGAUAUGGAAUAUUCAGAACAAGCCCUUCUUCCCCUACUAACAGCAUAUCCAAAAGUACGUAUGGAAGAUUGUAAAAAAAAUGUGUGUGAAUUCAUUGCAAUUGCUUCAGUUCUUUGUGGUACAUUUUUAACUAAAGGUACUUUGUCUUUAUAACUCCUAGCAUAUAGUUUAAACUGUUUUAGGAGUAUAUUGAUUAAAAGAUUCAAGGAUUCCAUACAUGUAAGAACGCUGCUUGCCAACUUCUUUCUUUACCACUGUUAUGAGUGUUGUGCAUUAUCGUCAUAUCAUUGUUAUGUCAUCAUCAUAUCAUUGUUACAUCAUUGUUAUCAUAUCCUUGGUAUUUGAAUCAGAAGCACCGUAGUUAUCGUUACCAAGGUUAUCAUCACCUGCAUGUGGAAACCUGAACAGCCCUGUCAACAACUGGCCUUGCCGACAAAGCUCAAUCGUUCCUUUUGCUUUCACGUUCAGCAUAUGAGAUAAAUUCAGUGCAUGAUAAUUGUGUAAUAUUAUCAACAACAAUAUUAUCAACAAAUAAUCAGUAUCCACGACUGCUUCACAUUCUCAUUUUGAGAACGCAUCGAAAGUCAUGACUACCUCAAUAAUUGUGGUUAUUCUGUCUCAAAUAUUGGGCCAUCUCUCUUUUGUUUUAGAUUGGUCAUUAAGUAACUAACUAUGGAUUAAUUGGUUGAUGUGGAAAUUAUUUACAAGACAAGCCUAUUUAUUUACCUGAUGCAGAUUGUUGUUUGUGGAAUCCAUGCUUAGUAAUCAAAACGUGUUAUCACCAAAUUAAUUUUCUUCUUUUACUUCCCCCAACAAAUCUUUCCUACCACUGUCUGCUUCACAGUAUCUUUUGGUCCGCAGAGCAAUUUAAAUAAUUUCCACUGAUGCAUUUAUUUCAACAGGGAUCUAUAUUUAUAUUUUUCGAUGGACGCAUUAAACAAGUUCGGGGAAGGCUAGAUGAGGUAAGUUCUGGUAGUACAUAUUCUUUUCAACCAUAUGUGUACGAUAAAAUUAUAACGUUAAGUGUGAAUGAUGUUUUUCAGUCAGUGACUCAGACGACCGGUAAAAGGAAAAACGAAAUCUGAACAUUCUGGUUUCUAGUCAGCUGUCAGCAUUGUUCGAGGCUAAGUCAGUUGUCAGUGACUAACACUCUGCAUGCUGCUAGGUCGAUGCUGGACUAAAAUGUCUUUAUGGUAUCUUGAUUCACAUUGGUGUAAAGCGAUGGUAAAUUUUUAAAAGCCCAGUGAAUAUAUUUACAGAGAACAUUUUUCAGUCGGUGACAAAGGGUUUGCCAUUACCAUGCUGUUAUUGUGCUACAAUAAUUAUUACUUUCUAAUGUUUUGAAUGGGUGACCUUAGCCUGUUUCAGGAUCUCAGAUAGUGGGGAAGAGAGGAAAGAAAAAGGCACGCGAAAAGUUGGAGCCCUAACCCUAACCCCUCCUCUUCCCUAAAAAGUUCCAAUUUUUUCCUUUUUCUAGAAAGUUUGUAAAUUGAAAUUUUUUAAAAAGAUAUUUCUUUAUUUGUUCAACUUAUACAUCAAAUAAAUGCUUCUUCAUAAUCAGCAACAAUUUUAAGCAGAAGACGUGAUCCCAAUUUUUAUGCCCCAUUCUAGAAAAAACGCCCGAAAUGCAUACCCGUUCUAAAUCAGGAGCUUCAAGCCUGGAACAGGCUAUGGGGUACGCCCCGGCCCUAUCCUCCUCUCCCCAAGUUCCUUCCUUUUAUUUUGUGUUUCAGCGGGUAACUCGGAGCCUGGAACACUCUUGGGUAUAGUAGUAAGAAAAUUGAAAAUUUGCACAUGUUUUGUGACUUUCCUCACAGGCCAUCAGUAGAUACAAGCAUUCAAUUACUCUUCAGUCAGAGAUUAAACAGUUUCAUCACAUUUUCUACUGGGAGCUCAUGUGGUGUCUUGCGUAAGUAACUUACGACCAGUGCCAUCAAUCUGUGUCUGUUGGCGGCAUUGUCCAAACUAGGGCCAGGAAUCACCCUUGCACAUGAAAACUUGCACAUAAAAACUUAACUUUAGAUGUAACUACUAACGUGACGCUCGUUAGAGGAAGUCCAUCAGUAGAUACAAGCAUUCUUUCACUUGUCCGUCAGAAGUUUCAUCAAAUUUUCUAUUGGGAGUUUGUGUGUUGUCUUGCGUAAGAUACUACUCUUAAAAUAACAGGACCCUAAAUACUGGUAGCAAUGAUUUAAGGUUAUUAGUCACUGGUGAAUAAAUAGUGUUAGGGGAUGGGAUGCAACAAAAUCUUGCAGGUAGAACUCGCUAUGAGUCCACCUUUACAGUAAGGCCUCUUCGUAUUUCAAAGAAACGAAAAAAUAAACAGCAGCUUGGGUUUUUCCCACCUAAUAAAAUCAUUCUCUACUUUGAAAUGUCAUUUAGUAUGUACAUCAUGUAUGAUGUGUUUUGUUGUCAGAUAUAAAGGAGACUGGAUCCAAGCAAGUCAUGACGCUGGUGUUUUGUUAGAUGAAAGCCUCUGGUCAAAGGUAAAUCACAGUAUUGUGAAUAUCGCCUUCCAGCAACUAGGUUUUGAUAAUCAUUAUAACAAAACAUAGCGGUUUUACAGAGGUGGUCAUUUUAGUAAAGAUUUGAGUGUUUUUUUUUUUGUCCUCUCUGGAUUUAGACUGUUUACAUGCACCUGAAUGCAUCGUUUAUAUUUAUGGCCAGACUUGUUAACCAGCCAAUAACCAGCCAACAAGACGAGGUGGAAAAAGACUUGUUCAAGUAAGUGAUGGUACUAAAGUGAGCUAGAUAGGGUAGGUACAGUUUGGCUGCAUGGGUGAGCGGUCAAUUGGUAUCUUAUUAAAGAAAGAGUACUCGAAGUCACCCAAGUGUCAUUUUUUACGUUGCCUUGUUAGGGGCUCUAAUCGAUCAAAUCUAUUUUGUUUUUUUAAUGCUACUUGUUGUUGUCGUUUUUUUUUUUCGUUACAAGGCGUCUGCCUGGCUACAAGCGGCGAAUUGGAGGGCAGUGUCUUCCAUUUGAAGAUUUUGCCAUUCACAAGGCAAACAAGUACUUUAAACAAAACGGCCGUCUUUUUCUUCCAGGAGUGGUAAGCAACGUGGAACCUCUUUUAAUCUGAAAUGCUAAAUAAUAAGAAAGUAAUGACAAAAACUAUGAUACUUUAUUGAGAAGCUUUGUACGUCACAUCCCUUUUAAAAAAACGCACUAUAACAGAUAUCAGCCAAUAGAUACUAUACUCGUGACUGUACAUUUUAUUGAGACUCGCUGUAAGCUUGCGCGCAUGACGCAUGAACAUUGUCUAAUCUCAUAAAACCCCAGUUUGAACAUUCGUUCAGCCAAACAAGAAGACCGUGACAUUUGCAUUAUUGAUCUUGUUCAAUCUCCACCCCACCCCGUCCUAUUCCACUUCUGUGUUUCCGUAUCCAUUAAAACAGAAUUUUACGGGAGUGGUGCAGUGGUAAAAUAGCAAUAGCCUGCAUCGCAGACGUAAUCUAACCCCGGUUAGUAAUGUCUGCAAAGCAGCUUUGAGAUCCUUGUCCCAGGCCCUCUACGGAUUAGCAAAUUACUGGAAGUACGUUUCGCUUUUCAGUCCUCCCAUCAGGCUUUUAGCCAGACAUUGAAAACUGGCCGUCCAGAAGGUAUGUUUUGUCAUAAAAUUAUAAGAGAUUAAGUGAAUUUUCCUUGUGUUUCUUCCAAAAAUGGGCAUCCAUAGGACGGCUGGACUCCCUUCUGGCUAAAACCUUGCCUCCCAUCCAGAUUGGCAAAUCCACAAUGGCCAUUUUAACAGGCCAAUCAUGACGCGUACUGAAAUCCGGGUACACAGGUAGGGGCCCAGAACAAGGAACAAGGAUUUUGGCGCUGUUUCGCAGACGGACCUCAAGUUAAGUUUUGUCUGUGUCCAGACUACUACGCAACGACCGAAAAACAAUCAUUUAACAGACAUUUCGGUUAAAUUGUUGGUGUUAGUUGUAUGGUAGGAAUCUACUUAAUUAUCCUUUCUGGGGAGGAAUACAUUAGCGUCGAUAGUGUCACAGGUGUUUGUCUAAUUCUCUAUGCUAAAGGAAGAUACAAGCGUAACGGUGAGUUCUGAUUUAAGCCAACCAACAACUUUUAAGUUUCAUUGUGGCCAGGGUCAGGUCUGUCAAUUAUAUGGUCCUUGAUUUAACACAUCUUCUGGCAUUGUCUGUCUGGCCGGUUGUGGGUCCGUUCAACUCUGAGAAUGAAAGCAAAAAUGAAUGAAGAGCGGCAAAAACUAACUCCAGGUGACCAUGUGAAGGUGUCCGUUACGAGAGAGUUGACUAUAUUUUUGAGAAUUUAAAACUAACUAAACAAAUAUCUUUGCCUAUAUUUCAUCAGGAGCUUAUUUAUUUAUGGAAUGGGUUUAAAGUGCUUGGCCACAGACCUGAUCUUGUUGAACCUUUGAUGAAUCUGGUGGAUAAUUCGCUACAUAUUCUGCACAAAGCAAAAGGUGAGGACUAUUUCAAUGUCAGGUCGGUUCAUCGCGAGGAACGCCAUAAGAAAUUCAGACUUUUUACCUCCUUGCUUCAUGAUAAAUCAAAUAUUAGAAAAUGUUAGGCAAUAUGAGAUGUUUAUCCCGAUCAUAUGACGGUACUCUGACCUACAGAAACUUUUUAAAAACAUAGGGUGAGAGUUAAAGAUUGAAAUAAGUUGUUUGUUUUAUAGAUGACUAUGGAAGUUACCUGGAUGACUGGUGUUUGGGUAAAUUGCUCCAGGCAAUGUGUUGUCGAUGUUUAAACAGGAAACGAGAAGCCAUGGAGUAUCUGAAGGGUGCUCUCAGUCGGUUAGACUUCUUUUAGACUUCUUUUAGUUUUUGUGAUUUCUUUUUUGUGUGUGCGUAAAUUUCUGUUUCUUGUUGUAGAUCCAAAGAUUUGAGCAACGAUUCUUACCUGGCUCCCUACACAUGUGCAGAGAUUGGAUUUCUUUACCUUGAAGAGGGAGAUCUGGAACUAGCCAGAGAACACUUGGAGCGUGCAAGGUUAGGUUUCAGUAUUGCUUGGUUACUAUUGGGUUGUUUAGCGGCACAGGACUGUUUUGGAUGACGUUAUCACUUCCUCUGUUGGCCAUUUCUUGCCCUCACAGGAAAUUGGGUCAAAGUUCCUUACCAGAACUAUAGUUGAGAAUCCCGAUUUCUUGAUACAUCACUGAAAUGCAUUGACCGUGAAGACCUAGGAAGAUGCCGUGCAGGGACUAAUGUUCCUUGCCCAUGAACGUCUGGGAAGGAAUGCGCGUGGAAGCCCAGAGAACGAGCGUGGGAGGCAAAGUGGAACAGUCUUAUAGGGAACCUGAUAACUCAGUGCCCUUAAUUGAAUCAUUGUUUGUUUGCUUUUACUAGGAAACAUCAGGAUCACUUGUUACAAAGCCUUCUUCAUCUACGAAUCCAUGCCGCUUUACAGAAAAUAGAAAAUUACUCCAUUCAAAAUGAACUGUUUGGGGUAGGUGGAGAAUUUGCAUGCCCUAACCAAGCACUCGUGAUAAAGGAAGACCUGGAAGAAUCAGGAAAUGAAUCUGAGUUUUUCGAUGCUGAAGAAGACUGGGACGAUAGUAGGCCUCGACAAGACUCCAACUCAUCAUUUGAUAUCAUAUCAGAUGAUGAACUUGAUACCAUUAUAUCGUAAGAAAAAUCUAUUUCAAUGGGCGAUGUGCAGCAUAUUUGUGGUAUCAGCUGUGCCCUGAAAAUAACAAGGACAGCGACACGUGUUGUUUGCAUAUAACCACGUUACUUUUGAAAGAAAGAGGACAGGUUUGGCACUUUUUUGGAGUUGCGAGAGUGUGCUCCUAAACUUUUUCAACCAGACACGUUAAAGGAUUAUAAAAAAGACGUUUCCUUUCUUGUAAAAUAAUCGUUAAAAUUGGUGUCAUUCAUUGGUUUUACUUAUGAUAGCUCCCAUCAAUUCAAGUGGAAGUUAUUUCUUGUCACUUUUAAUCAGGUAUAUAGAAACUGAGAUUAGAAUCUGUACAUACAUAUUUAAAAUGUGAUGUAUUUAUUCCUAUUAUAUAACAACUGCCUUUCCAUAAACCUGAACGUGAAUUGUAUAUACCGGUACUAAAUUAUUUUCAAAAUGAAGGGUCCAUAUUUUUACGUGAAUACUUCUCAAAGUUGUUGCAUGUAUAUUUUAUCUAUUUCACGCCAGUAUAUACACAUAUUUUGUCUGAUAUAGGUACAUUGUAGUCCCGUCUUUUGUGGUAACAACGUCUGAGAUAAAUAAGAUAAAUAGUUUAGGUUGUCUAAUGAUUGACAUUGUUCUCUGCUU